AGCGUUAACGAAAAUGUUCAUGACACGCUCAGAAUACGAUCGAGGCGUCAACACGUUCUCACCAGAGGGAAGGUUAUUUCAAGUCGAAUACGCGAUUGAAGCAAUCAAGCUCGGCUCUACAGCCAUCGGCAUACAAACCUCCGAAGGCGUUGUUCUGGCCGUCGAGAAGCGAGUGACGUCGCCGCUCAUGGAACCUACCACAAUAGAAAAGAUCGUCGAGAUCGACGACCACAUUGGGUGUGCUGUCAGUGGUUUGAUGGCCGAUUCAAGAACUAUGGUUGACCGGGCACGAGUGGAGGCUCAGAACCACUGGUUUCUCUACAACGAAAAGAUGCAAGUGGAAAGUGUGGCCCUGGCUGUUUCAAACUUGGCCAUCCAGUUUGGUGACAGUGAUGAUGAUGGUAAUGCCAUGAGUCGACCAUUUGGUGUGGCAAUCCUCUUUGCUGGCAUUGAUGCCAAGGGCCCACAACUGUAUCACAUGGACCCCUCUGGCACUUAUGUUCAGUACAAUGCAAAGGCAAUUGGUUCAGGUUCUGAGGGUGCCCAGCAAGCACUUCAGGAGAAGUACCACAAGACAAUGACAUUGAAUGAGGCGACCACGAAUGCCCUCACUAUACUCAAGCAAGUCAUGGAGGAAAAGCUCAACUCAACAAACGUAGAGGUUGCUAAUGUCACAAAGGAGAAGGGCUACCACAUGUUGACCAAGGAGGAGGUUGAAGCAGUCAUCAACACCAUAUGAGAUAUGCUUGUUGCAGCUUUUUUUUUUUUUUUUUGAGGUGGCAGUCCAGGCUUUGAAAUAAACUUUUUUUUUACAUGCGAAGUAACACAACUUUGCAAGAUCAG